GGCAGACACAGCUAGAUGACUAAACGGAGCAGAAAGGGGAAAUGAUUCUUCGAGCAUUUGUCUGUUCUGUUUUAAUGAUUUUGGUGUUCUAGGAUAGUCUACGGAGCACGAUAUCAGGUAGGAUGAAAGACAGACUGGUUGACCUGAAGGGGGUGACCCCCGCUUCUUCAGACGAGGGAGGUCAGGGUCGGGGCACUGAUGACGAGGAACAGCUGGAGCACCAGUCAGUGGUGUUCGAAGGCGAAGACAUGAUGGACAGCAUCUUCAGAGAGGUCCAGUCAAUGAGGAAGGAGAUCGCUCUGCUCCGGAUGGAUGUGAAGCGCCUGGGCAAGCAGAACACCCGAUUCCUCACCUCUGUCCGUCGGAUCAGCUCCAUCAAACGAGACUCCAAUGCCCUGGCCAAGGGCAUCAAGACCCGGGGGGAGGGCAUCUACACACGGCUGGAGAAGAUCGGCAUGCAGCACAAACGGCUGGAAGAAGAGCAUGGUGCCCAUUCUGCUCUGGUCCGCAUGGUACGCUCACAGUAUGUUUCUCUCACCGGGGCCUUCCAUGAGGCCAUGUCUGAGUACAACCAAGCGGAGAUGGGCCAGAGGGAGAACUGCAAAACCCGGAUCCAGCGCCAGGCAAAGAUAAUGGGCAAGGAGGUGACCGGAGAUCAGAUUGAGGAGAUGGUUGAGACGGGUAAGUGGAACGUGUUCUCCGACAACCUCCUGGCGGACGGGCGGACGGCGCGAUCAGCGCUUACGGAGAUCGAGAACCGGCACAAGGAGCUGGUUGAGCUGGAGAGUCGGAUCAAGGACAUCCAUGAGCUGUUCUUCCAGAUGGCUCUGCUAGUGGAGGAACAGGGGGCCAUGGUGGACAACAUAGAGGCCAACGUAGUCGCAACAACAGACUUUGUGGGCAAGGCCCAGGCUCAGAUCAAGCUGGCGGUGAAGUACAAGAAGAACAACCCCUGUAGGAAGUUGUUCUGUUGCUGUUUCCCAUGCUGCAACAAGUGAGACCGAUUGUGUUUUUGUUUUAUCUCAAGUCAAGAUCCUCUCAAAAGUGUUUUCAUGGCCAUGACAAUGUAUGUAAAGAAGUAGAAGUAGCCUCCCGGGUGGCGCAGUGGUCUAGGGCACUGCAUCGCAGUGC